GCCGGACUGGCCGCCAGGGACUUGCGUGAGCUGCUUCCCGGCCGCCCCCAGCAUGGCGCAGGCCCGCGUGCUCCUGCUCCUUUCGGGGCGCCCGGAACCCGCGGGCUUCGCGCGGAGCGUGUGCGGCCGCCUGGGCCUGGGCGCCGGCCCGGGCCCCUGGCAAGUCUACUGCGGCCUGCAGCCGGGGCGGCUGCUGCUCUCGGACAGCUCCUUACCCGGCGCCGCGGCGCAGCUCCCGCUGCAGCGCCCCCCGUUUUGCCCCUUCUCGGCCCUGGAGCAGCAGCCCCCCGGAGCUUCAUUGCCGCAGCAGCCGCCGGACCGCGGAGUGGACUUGGCCGUGGCCGUCAUCCUGCAGUCCCGGGACCAGACCGUGCUCCUGACCCGGAGGGCCUCGAGCAUGCACACGGCCCCCAAUCUCUGGGUCCCUCCAGGUGGACACGUGGAACUGGAUGAGGAGCUGCUGGAUGCCGGACUCCGGGAGCUAAGGGAGGAGACAGGGCUACAGCUGCCCCAAGGCCAGUACUCCUGGUUGCCUCUGGGACUGUGGGAGUCUGCCUACCCCCCCAUGCUGAGCCAGGGCCACCCUAGACAUCACCACAUCGUCCUCUAUGUACUGGUGACUUCCCAGGAAACAGAGAAGCAGCUACAGGAACGGGUCCAACCAAACCAGGAAGAGGUCAGUGCCUACGUCUGGCUGAAGCCCCAUGUACUGGCGGCAGUGGCGGCCUCCGAAGAGGGACCAGAUGCACCCGAACCUCUCCCUGCAAACCUGCCACCCUGUGUUCAGAUCGUGGAGCUACAGGGGGACAUGACCCAGAACUUGGACCUGCCUACAUCCACCCUGCUCCGGAAGUCUCUGAGCACGAGGGAGGACGAGGAGAGGGUCAGCACAGGAACAAAAUUUGCCCUUGGCCUAUGGCUACAGCAUCUGAAGAGAUCCCCAAAGAAUCCCACCCACGUCUCCCCGAAGCCAGAACCAGAGUGAAACUGGGACACUGGAUGCCAACCCUCCCCACAACGACGAAAAGAGGCAAAGUUCCAUCUCUCAAAUACAGACAUCUGGAAAGCCACACAGAUGAGUCAUUCCAUUUCCCCAUGGACGUACAUUGGAUUCACAACCUUUAUUGUUGGUGAGAACAUUGCUACAAUUUUGGAAAUAUGAAAUUAAAUUAAAAGAAAGGUU